UUUUAACCCCUCUACGGUCCUUUGCUCCACCGUUUUGAAACGAGACAGCCAAAGCGCAGCGCACUGUCUAGCGUGAAUCCCUCCUUUACCAAAAACCCUUGAGAAACCCUAAAAUGUUUUAAUUCGCCCUAAACACAGAAAACAAACAGCCAAACAAGGGAGACAUGGGAAGGUCAAGAAGGAAAUACAAGGAAUCAAGGCAUAAGGUUAAGGUGGGUCUCCCCAAGAAGAAUCCAGGCGUGUUCAAGCCAGCGUUCAAUAUCCCUCCAAAGCUUCGUUCUCUCUCCGAUGCCGAUCGCUCCAAAUGGGACGACAAGGCUAGCGUUAUUCAAAACUAUAAAGCGUUCGGCUUCGUUUCUAACCCUAACUUGCUUGGCGUCCGAUCUCGCACUUCUCAUAUCAUUGAGACCGAAUCGCUUCAAGUGCCUCCGCCUCCGUCCGAGGUUGCUAUAGAUGAGUACGAAACCAUCGAUUCUGGCAGCGAACUCGAGGAAGAUGAUCUGAAAUCAGCCCUUGGGAAGAAGCGGAAGGAUGGUAAAAGUGCUCCUCUACAGCCUUUGACCACCAUGCAACGGGUUCAUAUUGGUCGGCUAGUUGAGAAAUAUGGAGAUAACUACCAGGCUAUGUUCAUGGACACAAAAUUAAAUGUGAUGCAGCAUCCGGUUGCAACUCUGGAGAAAUUGUGCAAAAGAUAUCACACAUACAAAGAUAAGAACCCCUUGAUUUUGGCUUGAUUGAAGAUGAAUUUGGUUUCCAGGAUGAUUUUGUAGAACUGUGAAUGUAUGAUGUGGUACUUUCUAAGCCCCUGGAUGGUUUGUUUUCAGUUCUGUACGUUUUCUCAGAUUGAAGUUAGCAUAUGUAAAAUAUAAUUCUCUCUGAUGAGCCCAGUUAAAUCUUCUUUUUAUUUUUUUUCCCCUC